AUGUGUGAAAAACUUGCAGCUAUUUUGUACUAUGAAAAUGGUCAUAGUAAAAAUAAUACAGCUACUAAAUUUAAUAUUGAAACUAAACAACUUUGGAAUUCAAAAAAAACAACUUUUAAAAACACAACAAGGAAAAAAAAACUAAAUAAGGAUGUAUCCCCUAAGUAUUUGACUUUAGAAACUACCUUG